CAGAGGAAAAUGGGGGUUUGUUUCUGGGAGCAAGAAAGAUCCCCCAGAGAACGAUUCAUCUUAUGAGAGAUGGAUGCAAGAGAACUACACAGUGAUUGAGUGGCUUGUGAAUUCAAUGCAGCCACAGAUUAGUCAACACUAUCUUUGGAUGAACUUGGCUAAGGAAAUCUGGGGUAGUGUUGCAGAAACCUACUCCCAGAAAUUGAAUGUUGCCAAAGCCUAUAAACUGAUGAGUGAUGUGAAGAAUCUAAGACAGGGGGAGAAAUCCCUUGUGGCAUACUUCUCAACCCUGAAAUCUUUAUGGCAAGAGAUUGAUCUGAUAGAGGCUGUAACAUGGGAUAACCCCAAUGAUGCUGAAACAUACAGGAAAUUAGUUGAAAAGAAUAGGGUCUUUGAGUUUCUAACUGGGCUGAAUCCUGAAUAUGAUAUCACAAAACAAAACAUUUUGUCCAAGGAAAGUGUUUCAUUGUCGCAAGCAUAUGCUUUGGUCAGCAGUGAAGAGAGUAGAAGACAAGUACAGGUUCAAGGAGUUGGCAUCAAUGAUCAUUUUGCAAAUAUGGGGGUUAAACCCAAAGGGGUUAUAGGGACUCCCAGUGGCACGAGAAAGAAGGAGAUGGUCUGUGAAUAUUGCAAGAAGCCGAAACACACCAAGGACAAGUGUUGGAAAUUGCAUCCCAGUCUUGUCCCUGUUCGGUUCCAGAAGAAAAAUGAUAGUAGAAAGACAGGGAGUGCAAAUGCAGCCAUGGGUACAGAUACUGAAGUUGAGUCUGCCUGUGCAUAG